AUGCAGAAGAGCGUGCGGUACAACGAGGGGCACGCCCUGUACCUGGCGCUGCUGGCCCGCAAGGAGGGCACCAAGCGCGGCUACCUCAGCAAGAAGACGGCGGAGACCAACCGCUGGCACGAGAAGUGGUUCGCCCUCUACCAAAACGUGCUCUUCUACUUCGAGGGCGAGCAGAGCGCCCGCCCCGCCGGCAUGUACAUGCUGGAGGGCUGCAACUGCGAGCGGGUGCCCGCUCCCAAGGGAUGCGCCGCGGGCAGCGCCAAGGAUGCCGCGCUGGACAAGCAGCAUUACUUCACUGUUCUCUUUGGCCAUGAGGGGCAGAAGCCACUGGAACUGCGUUGUGAGGAUGAGGUUGAUGGAGACGAGUGGGUAGAAGCUAUUCACCAAGCGAGCUACUCAGACAUCCUGAUCGAGCGGGAGGUGCUGAUGCAGAAGUACAUCCACCUGGUGCAGAUCGUGGAGACCGAGAAGGUGGCGGCCAACCAGCUCCGGCACCAGCUGGAGGACCAGGACACCGAGAUCGAGAGGCUCAAGUCGGAGAUUGUAGCGCUGAAUAAAACGAAGGAAAAAAUGCGACCUUAUCAAGGCAACCAGGAAGAUGAAGAUCCAGAUAUUAAAAAAAUUAAGAAGGUUCAGAGCUUUAUGCGGGGCUGGUUGUGCAGAAGAAAAUGGAAAACCAUUGUCCAAGAUUAUAUUUGUUCUCCUCAUGCAGAGAGCAUGAGGAAGAGGAACCAGAUAGUUUUCAACAUGGUAGAGGCAGAGUCUGAGUACGUGCACCAGCUUUAUGUCCUGGUGAACUGUUUCCUGCGGCCCUUGAGGAUGGCAGCCAGCUCCAAGAAGCCACCUAUCAGCCAUGAUGACGUCAGUAGCAUUUUCCUCAACAGUGAAACAAUCAUGUUUCUUCAUGAGAUAUUUCACCAGGGCUUAAAAGCAAGAAUAGCUAACUGGCCUACCUUAAUUCUAGCUGAUUUAUUUGACAUUCUGCUGCCAAUGCUGAACAUAUAUCAAGAAUUUGUUCGGAAUCAUCAAUAUAGCCUACAAGUGCUGGCAAACUGUAAGCAAAACAGAGAUUUUGACAAACUCUUGAAGCAAUAUGAAGCUAACCCAGCAUGUGAGGGCCGAAUGCUGGAAACUUUCCUUACCUACCCCAUGUUUCAGAUUCCCAGAUAUAUUAUAACACUUCAUGAACUUUUGGCUCACACACCACACGAACACGUUGAGAGAAAAAGCCUUGAAUUUGCUAAAUCUAAACUAGAAGAACUUUCAAGAGUGAUGCAUGACGAGGUGAGUGAUACAGAGAACAUCCGGAAGAACCUGGCCAUAGAGAGGACCAUAGUGGAGGGCUGUGACAUAUUGCUAGAUACCAGCCAAACCUUUAUACGCCAAGGUUCCCUUAUCCAGGUCCCCUCAGUUGAAAGGGGAAAGCUGAGUAAAGUUCGCCUGGGCUCAUUGUCUUUGAAGAAGGAAGGAGAAAGACAAUGCUUCUUGUUUACAAAACACUUUUUAAUUUGUACAAGAAGUUCAGGAGGAAAACUGCAUCUUCUCAAGACAGGAGGUGUUCUGUCUCUAAUAGAGUGCACACUGGUCGAGGAGACAGAAGCGAGUGAUGAUGAUUCAAAAGGUUCUGGGCAGGUGUUUGGACACCUGGAUUUCAAGCUCAUAGUGGAGCCCACAGAUGCUCCCCCUUUCACUGUUGUCCUUUUGGCCCCAUCACGGCAGGAGAAAGCUGCGUGGACAAGUGACAUCAGCCAGUGCAUUGAUAAUAUAAGGUGCAAUGGAUUAAUGACAAUAGUGUUUGAAGAAAACUCCAAAGUCACAGUGCCACAUAUGAUCAAAUCCGACGCCCGUCUUCACAGGGAUGACAUUGAUAUUUGCUUCAGCAAAACGCUGAAUUCCUGCAAAGUCCCACAAAUCCGCUAUGCGAGUGUGGAGCGCCUCUUGGAGCGGCUGACGGACCUGCGGUUCCUGAGCAUCGACUUCCUCAACACCUUCCUGCACACCUACCGCAUCUUCACCACCGCGGCUGUGGUCCUGGAGAAGCUCUCUGACAUCUACAGGCGGCCCUUCACCUCCAUUCCUGUCAGGUCUUUGGAACUGUUUUUUGCCACCAGUCAGAACAACAGAGGGGAGUACCUGGCUGACGGGAAGUCGCCACAUCUCUGCCGCAAGUUUUCCUCUCCUCCUCCCCUGUCACUCUCUAGGACCUCCUCACCUGCCAGGACCCGCAAGCUGUCCCUGACCUCACCGCUGAACUCCAGGAUUGGUGCCCUCGACCUCUCAGCUUCAUCUGUGGCCAGCAGUCCCACCUCAAACUACAGCCCGGCCACAUCCCCGCCGCCCACAGGCAGCAAGGCACCGCUGGACCUGAGCCGGGGGCUGUCAUCCCCUGAGCAGAGUCCAGGCUCAGCCGAGGACAGCCUGGAGAACCCACGUCUGGACCUUUGCAACAAGCUGAGGAGGAGCAUCCGCAGAGCAGUUCUGGAAUCUGUGUCAGUGGACAGGACCAUUCCUGAGAGCACCUCAGUUGCAGACACUGCAGAGCUGUCCCCGUGCAGGUCCCCUUCAACACCACGUCACCUCCGCUACCGCCAGCCAGGAGUGCAGACUGCUGACAACAGCCACUGCUCAGUGUCUCCUGCUUCUGCUUUUGCCAUUGCCACAGCUGCAGCUGGGCACGGAAGCCCACCAGGUGAGGGGGUGUGCUGUGCCAGACAGGAUUUUGAGCUGAACAACGAGCUGAAAAUGAAUGUGUUAAAUUUGCUGGAGGAAGUUUUAAGAGACCCUGACCUUCUGCCACAAGAAAGGAAAGCUACUGCAAACAUACUGAGGACUCUUUCUCAGGAUGAUCAAGAUGAUAACCAUUUGAAAAUAGAGGAUAUCAUUCAGAUGCCAGACUGCCCCAAGCCCGAGUGCUUCGAGACACUGUCGGCCAUGGAGCUGGCAGAGCAGAUCACCCUGCUGGACCAUGUUGUGUUCCGCAGCAUCCCCUAUGAAGAGUUCCUUGGGCAGGGCUGGAUGAAAGUUGAUAAAAAUGAGAGAACUCCCUAUAUUAUGAAAACUAGUCAACAUUUUAAUGAUAUGAGCAACCUGGUGGCCUCACAGAUCAUGAGCUACGCCGAUGUGCCCUCGCGGGCCAGUGCCAUUGAGAAGUGGGUGGCAGUGGCCGACAUCUGCCGCUGCCUGCACAACUACAACGGUGUGUUGGAGAUCACCUCGGCCCUCAACAGGAGUGCCAUCUACAGGCUCAAGAAAACCUGGGCAAAGGUGUCCAAACAGACAAAAGCACUCAUGGACAAGCUUCAGAAAACUGUGUCAUCUGAAGGAAGAUUUAAAAACCUGAGAGAAAUGCUCAAAAACUGUAACCCACCUGCUGUUCCCUACCUUGGGAUGUACCUGACUGACCUGGCAUUUAUUGAGGAAGGAACACCCAACUUCACUGAGGAAGGCCUUGUCAAUUUUUCCAAAAUGAGAAUGAUCUCACAUAUUAUCAGGGAAAUACGCCAGUUCCAGCAGACCUCCUACCGCAUUGAGCACCAGCAGAAGGUCACUCACUACCUGCUGGACAAGACCCUCAUCAUCGACGAGGACACGUUGUAUGAGCUGUCCCUGAAGAUUGAGCCCCGGCUCCCCGCCUGACGCGCCUGCCCUGCACAGGGCCUGCAGACAGCUCUGGGAUAGUGAACAGAACCAUGCAUGCCACUGCUUAAAGACAGCAAGAGAAACUCUGAGAGGAAUGCCAGCUCUCUUUUCCAAUAAGAGAUACAGUGUCGCACAGCCUUUCCCUCUCAGGCAACACAAAUGAGUGUUGGUGGUGAAAGACAAAGACCCUUCCUACCCGGCUUAAGCAAUUUCUGCUUUGCAAAGACAAUGUUUGGCAUUUCCAUGAUUUCAUGACUUUCCUGUGAACAGGCACUCAUUGCAGCCAUCUCACAUGACAAAUCAAGGGUACAGAUUUAAAUGGUGGUAAUAUACUCAGGUGUAUUAGGAUACAUAAGCAAAGUGAGGUGGCUGGGUUGAUGGCUAACUGUGUGUUCACUGAGGCACGUAUGGCUGUGGUGUUCUCAUUGUGUUAAUUUCAUUGAAAAACCUGGGUUUUAGCUCUCAUCUACUACUUUGGAGUGAUAUUAAGACAGCAUCUAGUAACGUCAGAUCUUCAGUUGUUUGAAACACCUGCUGUACAUUUAAUGCUACACUUUAUAAAACAUUUUCUUCUUUAAAUGUCUUGUCAGCCUUUUCUAAGGGGACUGAUUGUAUCUAUAAAAAUGACUUGUAAAUGUCUGUUUCAUCGGUGAGAGUAUUUACAGCAUGUAAAGCAAAUGGACUGGUGGAAUAGCUGUAAAUAGUUGCCAGCUGGGAAGGUGAGGACCCAGAGGGGUGGUGCAGGGGAUGGAGAGUCACGUUGCACACAGCCCUGGAAGAGGCACUUUAUUUUCCUGCACCUCCUGCAGCUUCUCUGACAAGUCAGACUACAGAGCACUUUCUAGACACACUGUGGAGAGAAAUACAUUUCUGUCUGGCAGCAGGUGGUGAUCAGCAGUGA